CUUGAGAGCUUUGUGACAAGAGGUAUGCGCCGCGUCGUUUCACGCCGCUGAUCAGCAGCAGCAGUAGGGUUUGAGUAAUUAUCGACGCCUGCGAAGCCUUUUUGCUGAACGGUACGUAUGCGUCCCAGGUGGCUUUGCCAAGGAGAGCUUGCAGGCUGGCUCUGCGAGGAGGCCCUGGCGGCCCAAGGCGUGCGAAACGCGACAGCAGCACCGCAGGACUGGCGGAAUACCUCCACCGCAGCAGCGAAUAAGAGCUGCUGGCACGCAACCGCCGCGAGCCGCACGGCUGCACACUGUGGCAGUGCACAGCAGCUGAAUGCAAGCGCUCGCACGCGUCGCUCUGAUCGUCGCAUUACAAGCAACGAUGGCCAUGACCGCAAGAGUCCAGGGCCUCAAACAAGCUCUAAGCAGUGUGAGCCCGGACCUCGUCCGUGCCGCCGCCGCGCGCAUCGAGCCGCACGCGAGCCGGACGCCCAUCUUGCGGAGCGAUCAGAUAGAUGCCCGCGCGUCGUGUUCCAUACAUGUGAAGGCCGAGCACCUGCAGACCACCGGUUCAUUCAAAUAUCGCGGCGCAUUGAACGCCGUGCUCUCCUUAACAGACGAGGAAGCAUCAAGAGGCGUCGUCGCGCACAGCACGGGCAACCACGGCGCCGCCGUCGCUAGAGCAGCAAAAGCGCGCGGCGCGCCUUGUUGCAUCGUCGUGCCGCGGACGACCCCGGUCGCGAAGCUCGAAAACAUAGCACGCUACUGCGACGACAUCGUGCAGUGCGAGCCGUCGCCGCAGGCGCGCGCGCAAGCUUCCGUUGAAGCCGCGGAGCGGUUGGGCGGCGCCUCAAUAAUCCACCCGUUUGACGACGCGCGAGUCAUACAAGGCCAGGGGACCAUCGGGCUGGAGUUGUUGCAGGACGUACCGGCGUUGGACGCCAUUUUGGUGCCCGUGUCGGGCGGGGGCAUGCUUUCUGGUAUUGCGACGGCGUGCGCGGGGACGAACACGAAGGUCGUGGCCGUCGAGCCUGCUGGCAAGCGCCUCGGCGACGCCUUCCAACGGGGAGAGCGGUGCAUCUUCUCCGACGACGAGUUGAAAGCCGCCCCGACCCUAAAAACGGUGGCCGACGCGAUGCCGACGCGGCUGCUCGGGGAAUCUCUGGCCUGGCCCCUCGCGUUCGGUCUCGUCGAGGACGUUUUGACGGUCGACGACGGCCAGAUUCUCGACGCGGUGCGUUGUACUGCUGUUGAGUUGAAACAGGCCGUCGAGCCGGCGGGCGCCGUCGCGCUCGCGGCGGCUCUAUCCCCCGACUUCGCCGCGCUGCGCGCCGAGAAGGGGUGGGCGAACGUCGCGCUCGUCGCUUGUGGGGGGAACGUGGAUCUGGAAGUUCUAGGACGGGCACUAAGUGGGUAAAUUUAGGAAGCGG